GGCUACCUGGGGAGGUUCUACCCAGUGCGCACUAGAUGAAGAAGAUGGAGAUGAAGACGGUUAUCUCUCUGAUGGAGUUGCUCAGGCAGAAGAAGAGGAAGAAGAUGCGUCAAGUUUGAAUGACAGUUUCUCUGUUUAUCCCAAUAACAACGUACCAGAAAAUGCUUAUUUUGUUAAAGAAAACAAGGAUAGGUGGAAAAAUUGCCGUCCUCUUUCAGCAGAUGGGAAUUAUCGUCCAUUGUCUAAGGCCAGGCAACAGCAAAACAUAAAUAUGCGACGUCAGGAAAACCUUCGGUGGAUGUCCGAACUUUCAUAUGUGGAAGAAAAGGAACAAUGGCAAGAGCAGAUCAAUCAGUUGAAGAAACAGCAUGAAUUUAGUGUCAGCAUUUGUCAAACUUUGAUGCAGGAUCAGCAGACCCUCUCUUGUCUUCUACAGACUUUGCUUACAGGCCCUUACAGUAUGAUGUCCAAUAAUGUUGCAUCUUCACAAGUACAUCUUAUUAUGCAUCAGCUGAACCAGUGUUACACUCAACUGACUUGGCAGCAGAAUAAUGUUCAAAGGUUGAAACAAAUGUUAAACGAUCUUAUGCGCCAGCAAGAAGAACAACAGUGUCAAGAGAAGCCAUCAAGAAAGGAGAGUGGCAGUAGUGCACCACCACCUCCAUCUCCUGUUUUCUGUCCAUUCAGCUUUCCUCAACAACCUGUAAACCUGUUUAAUGUACCAGGAUUUACUAAUUUUUCUUCCUUUGCUCCAGGUAUUAACUAUAAUCCAGUGUUCCCUUCUGAUUUUGGAGAUUUUGCACACAAUAUUUCCCCACACAGCAGUGAGCAGCAACAGCAACAUCCUCUAGAUCAUAAUGCUUCUGGGAAAACUGAGUAUCUGGCAUUCCCCAAACCUUUUGAAAGCAGUUCCUCUAAUGGAACAGAAAAACAAAGGAGUCAUAGACAACCUGAAGAGGAAAUGGAAAAAAAAUCAACUUGGCUUCAUGAUAGCCAGGAAAUGAAAAAAGAUGAUCAGUCUCAGCUGAAAGCAGGUUUUGCAGUUUCAGUACAAAACAUUGCUUCUGGUCUUAAAAAUCAGUCUGAUAUGAGCAGGAGAAGAGAGUCUGAUGAAGAGUCUUUGGAGAGUUUUAGUAGCAUGCCUGAUCCAGUAGACCCAACUACUGUGACAAAGACAUUUAAAUCUAGAAAAGCGUCAGCGCAAGCAAGCUUGGCAUCAAAAGAUAAAACACCCAAAUCAAAGAAUAAGAGGAAGAGUUCUCAGCUGAAAGGCAGAAUUAAAAAUACCGGUUAUGAAAGUGCAAGUGCUUCUAGUGUGUGUGAACCCUGCAAGAGCAAUAAAAGCAGACACUCUGAAGAAGUUGUUCAUCCAAAGGUGUUUAGCAAAAGGAAUCGGGAGCAAUUGGAAAAAAUAAUUAAAUACAGUAGAUCUACAGAAAUGUCUUCAGAAACUGGUAGUGAUCUUUCUAUGUUUGAAGCUUUGCGAGACACAAUUUAUUCUGAAGUGGCAACUCUUAUUUCUCAAAAUGAGUCUCGUCCCCACUUUCUUAUUGAACUUUUCCAUGAGCUUCAGCUGCUAAAUACAGAUUACCUGAGGCAAAGGGCUCUAUAUGCUUUACAGGAUAUAGUGACCAGACAUUUAUCUGAGAACAACGAAAAAGGGAAGUGCACAAAAUCACUGAAUUCUGCAACAUGGAUGGCAUCGAAUUCUGAACUCACUCCCAGUGAAAGCCUUGCUUCUACAGAUGAUGAAACUUUUGGCAAGAACUUUUCUACAGAAGCAUGUCAAGAUUGUGAACAAAAUGAUGCAGACAAUGGGAGUACUAUGUCUACAUCUUCGAAUUUUGAACCCUUUGCCACUGAUGACCUUGGCAACACAGUGAUUCACUUAGAUCAAGCUUUGGCUAGGAUGAGGGAAUAUGAGCGUAUGAAAAUUGAAGCUGAAAGUACCCUUGACUCUGAGGGCUGCUCUAGUAAUUUUCAGGGUGCUUCUGCUGCUAAAUUAGAAGGUCCAAGUACUAGUGAAUGUCUUCCUGUGCCACAGUCAAGUGAAGUUUCUGCUGUUCCAUGUCCUCGUAUAGAUACUCAGCAGCUUGACCGGCAGAUUAAAGCAAUUAUGAAGGAGGUCAUUCCUUUUCUGAAGGAGCACAUGGAUGAAGUAUGCUCUUCUCAAUUACUGACAUCAGUAAGACGUAUGGUCUUGACUCUUACACAACAAAAUGAUGAAAGUAAAGAAUUUGUGAAGUUCUUUCAUAAGCAGCUUGGCAGUAUACUUCAGGAUUCACUGGCGAAAUUUGCUGGUAGAAAAUUAAAAGAUUGUGGGGAGGAUCUUCUUGUGGAGAUCUCUGAAGUGUUAUUUAAUGAAUUAGCCUUUUUUAAACUCAUGCAAGACUUGGACAACAACAGUAUUUCUGUAAAGCAGAGAUGUAAAAGAAAAAUAGAAACUACUGAAGUGAUACAGUCUUAUGCUAAAGAGGAUAAGGAUGAGACUGAAACUGUUAAACAAGUACAGGACUCAGAAAUGUAUGAUGGUAGUGGAGUUCCUGAAAGUAUUAGGUCUGAUGCAUCUGAUCAAGAGGAAGAUGAGGAAAGUGAAAGCGGUCCAGUGGCAAUAAGUUUAUCAAAAGCAGAAACCCAAGCUCUGACUAACUAUGGCAGUGGAGAAGAUGAGAAUGAAGAUGAAGAAAUAGAAUUUGAGGAAGGACCUGUUGAUGUGCAGACAUCACUACAAGCCAGCAGUGAAACAACAACUGAAAAUGAACAGACUUCAAACCAAGAACUGAGUAAGACAAAAAGCAGUGAGAUUUUGUCAUCGGAACAAGAAUCUGUUAAUGUUAAAGGUGAACAAGAUGUGGCUACAAUUUUGCCUCAUUACCUGAAUGUCAUGGAGGAUACACCACCUUUAACAGUCAAUACCCCGGAAUCCUUUAUAACAGCCAGUAUGAAAACAGAAGAAUCAAGCUCAUCUUUACCAGUAAAUGAAACUCAAACACUAGAUACAACGUGUGUAGGAAACAAAUCCGCAAGUUCUGAAAGCUCCAUGGCUGGCAGCCCUGAUACGGAGUCACCUGUGUUAGUGAAUGAAUAUGAAGCUGGUUCUGGAAAUGUAAGUCAAAAAUCUGAUGAAGAUGACUUUGUGAAAGUUGAAGACUUGCCCCUUAAACUGGCAGUAUAUUCAGAGGCAGAUUUAAUGAAGAAAAUGGCAACGGAGGCCCAAACCAACAGUUUGUCUGAUGAAUUACUGGAUGGAGGUGGAGCUCAAGAUAAAGAAUUAGUAGGAGAUGCCCAAACUUUGAAAGAACCUGAAACUUUUGGAGCUCAAAGUGCAUGAGAAUAACCUUGAAGAUAUCUGCAUUUAUAAACUCCACGUAUACAAAUGCAUAUGGAAGAUCAGCACUAAUUUCCCAGAACUCCAAAAAUGUAUAAAAAUGUAAAAUUUUUGACACACUGCCUCUUAGGAUAGGUAUGCUAACUUCUGCCUGUGGCAGUUUGAACAGCUGCAACUGAAUCCUCUUCUAUUCAGUUUUGCUGCACUGUUCUUCUUUUGUCUUAAUCUUUUAUUAUUUUUUAUUGUGACUUGUUUAGUAAUUUCAAAAUUGUAGUUUUAAAUAAAGUUUGGAAUUGUCUGUAAA